ACAACCCAAGUAGUUUUUCGGAGCGCACUCUCCGGCAGCAAUGUGGAGGGAAAGGGCGAGCAGUUGAGCAGUUUUCCUUUCCCCACUCCCACUUCUUUUGAGUUCUCCCUUUUUCCUAGUUUUGAACUUUGCGUUUUUUUUUUUGUGUGUGUCGUGGAGGAACACAACGCAACUUUGUUCAAUAAAGGGAAGGAAAGCAGCUCUGCGACGCGUGUUUUCGUUUUUUUUGUCCUGCUGUUUUUCUUUUCACUUGAGCCAUUGUUUCUUACGCAUGGAUAUGAAGGAGAUAAAAUCGGACGUGCUGCUUUCUCUUCAGUAGGGUUGUUGUAAAUGCUGGCUCUGAAAAGAGGAGAGGAUUAUUCCUAUUCCUCGGGAGCACAAGCGCUAAAAAAAACGCGUACAGGGACCGCAAGUUUGUCCGCAAGCUGCGAAAGAGGCGAAAGUUUGCCAAGUUGCUGCGCAUCCGGGCGCAGAAGCCAAACGUUUAUCGUCAUUUUCCCAACUUUUUUGGUGUGGAUUAUCAACACAAGCCUGGUCAUGGAUCACGGAAUCAAGUUCAGAGGAUGAAGGGGGAGUUGUGAAACAUGAACUAUUGUAGUUAGUUUACUCCACCAGUGGCUUUCUUUUUUUUGACUGAGAAAAAGAAAAACUGCUUUUACGCGUUGUGUUUUUUUUUUAUUUUUAUCCUUCCUUCCCUUUCGAUCCCUUCCAUUCGGGUGCCAAAAUGCCACAGCUGAACGGAGGCGGCGGGGACGAUCUGGGGGCCAACGAUGAAAUGAUCUCGUUUAAAGACGAAGGGGAGCAGGAGGAGAAGAUUUCCGAAAACGUCUCCGCGGAGAGGGAUCUGGAUGACGUGAAGUCCUCCUUAGUGAACGAGUCGGAAAACAACAGCAGCUCGUCAGACUCGGAGCAGGCAGAGAGGCGCCCUCAAACCAGAAGUGACUCAGAAAGUUAUGAGAAAACAAGAGAUUACUUCAGUGAAGCACUAAGAAGACAGCAAGAUGGUGGCUUUUUUAAGAGCCCUCACUAUCCGGGCUACCCGUUUCUUAUGAUUCCUGACCUCACCAAUCCAUACCUAUCCAAUGGUUCGCUGUCUCCCAGUGCAAGAACAUACCUACAGAUGAAAUGGCCUCUCCUGGACGUUCCCGGCUCUGCAGGAAUAAAAGAUUCUCGUUCUCCAACACCAGGGCAUUUAUCCAAUAAAGUUCCCGUGGUACAGCAUGCCCACCACGUCCACCCACUGACGCCGCUCAUCACCUACAGCAAUGAACACUUCUCUCCUGGCACGCCCCCAUCACACCUCUCACCUGAGCUCCUCGAUCCAAAGACAGGUAUUCCUCGAACACCUCAUCCAUCAGAACUCUCUCCGUACUACCCCCUGUCUCCUGGUGCUGUCGGCUCGAUUGCACAUCCUCUAAGCUGGUUCAUGCAACAGCAGGGCCAGCCCAUGUACUCCAUCCCUCCAGGGGGAUUCCGUCACCCCUAUCCAGCAUUGGCCAUGAAUGCCUCCAUGUCCAGCUUGGUGUCCAGCCGUUUCUCCCCUCAUAUGGUGACCCCUCCUUCACACAGCCUUCACCAGACCGGCAUCCCCCAUCCUGCCAUCGUCUCUCCAGCCAUCAAGCAGGAACCCAGCAGUGACAACAUCAGCCCCUCCAUGCACGCCAGGAAGUCCCCUGUUCCUUCCAAGAAAGAGGAGGACAAGAAGCCUCACAUCAAGAAGCCUCUGAAUGCUUUCAUGUUGUACAUGAAGGAAAUGAGGGCCAAGGUAGUUGCAGAGUGCACUCUAAAAGAGAGCGCUGCGAUUAACCAGAUCCUUGGGAGACGGUGGCACUCACUGUCGAGAGAGGAGCAGGCCAAAUACUACGAGCUGGCCAGAAAGGAAAGGCAACUGCACUCCCAACUCUAUCCCGGAUGGUCAGCAAGAGACAACUACGGAAAGCGGAAAAAGAGGAAGAGAGAGAACAAACCAGACUCAAAACCAGAGGACUUCUCCAUAAGGAGUAAGAAACAGUGUGUGCAGUAUUUGCCCUCGGAGAAGAUGUGUGACAGCCCGGCGUCAUCUCAUGGGAGUAUGCUGGACUCUCCAGCCACCCCCUCCGCCGCCCUUGCGUCCCCCGCCGCUCCCGCUCCCACUCACUCCGAACAGGCUCAGCCGCUGUCGCUUACCACCAAACCAGAGGGACGCAUCCACCACCACUUCUCUGUACCUGGGAAGGCCUCUGGAUCUGCAUCCUCCUCGUCCUCCUCCUCUUCUUCUUCUUCCUCCUCCUCCCAGCCCUCCAUCUCCAUCCCUGUCGGUACUUUGAGCAGCCAGUCGAGCACACCCAUCCUCACCCGGCCCAUCCCCUUCACCUCUCUGCAUCCCUCCAUGCUCUCCCCGCCGUCCUCCUUCCAUCAGGCGGCCCUUCACUCCCAUCAUUCCCUGUUCCAGUCACAGCCCCUCUCCCUGGUUACCAAACCAACCGAAUGAAUUUGCGAAUGUUUCCUUUCUUUAAUUACUUGUGCUGUAUAUUGCUUUUCUUAAAAAAUAGGUAUUAGAACAACUUUUUUCUAAAUAAUGAAAAGGAAGAAAUAUUAUUGGUCAAUAUUUGACCGCCUCCUUUUCUACAUCUCUCAAUGGAAACAAAAUGUAUUUUUUGUAAAGUUUACCGCAGAACUGGGUUCUUUUUUUGUUUUCUUUGACACAUUUAUCCAAUGAAUCUCUUGUAUAAAAGAACCAAUGUACAUAAAGUUUCUUUAUAAAAGCAAAAAGGAAAUAAAAACAUUUUCCUUUUAGCCAAAACCUAAUUAAUGUUAGUAUGACGUUUUCAGUUCUAGUCCUGGCCAAUAAUUGCAAGCCUUUUUUUCAAUUCACAACUGUGUGCCCCUUCUUUGACAUGUCAAAUAAACAUUUGAAAUGGUUUGUUAAAGAAAA